AUGCAGGGGUGCGAUGGUUCUGUCCUCCUGGACGCUUCCUCCGACAACCCUCACCCUGAGAAGAAGGCGCCGGUGAACAUCGGCCUCGCCGCCUUCGAGCUCCUGGAGGAGAUCAAGGCCGCCGUCGAGAAGCGGUGCCCCGGCGUGGUCUCCUGCUCCGACAUCCUCAUCUACGCCGCCCGCGACGCGGCCAGCGCCCUCAGCAACGGCCACGUCCACUUCGACGUCCCCGCGGGCCGCCUGGACGGCUUCGUCUCCAAGGCCGAGGAGGCCCAGGCGGAGCUCCCGGACUCCACCCACGACGUGCAGCAGCUCAUCGACAACUUCGCCAGGAAGAACUUCACCGUGGAGGAGCUCGUCAUCCUCACCGGGGCGCACUCCAUCGGCCAGGGCCACUGCUCCUCCUUCAGGGGGCGCCUCUCCGAGCCGUCGAGCCAGAUCACCCCGGCGUACCGCGACCUGCUCAACUACAAGUGCUCCCAGGGAUCCGACCCGCCCGUGGACAACAACGUCCGCGACGAGGACUACGGCGUGGUGGCGAGGUUCACGCCGGGGUUCACCAGCCGGGUGCGCAAGAUCCCCGACUUCCUGGACAACUCCUUCUACCACAACAACCUCGCCAAGAUCGUCACCUUCCACUCCGACUGGACGCUGCUCACGCACAAGGAGGCGUUCGGCCACGUCGUCGAGUACCGCGACAACGGCACGCUAUGGGACGAGGACUUCUCCGACUCGCUGCUCAAGCUCAGCAAGCUGCCCAUGCCAGCGGGAAGCAAGGGCGAGAUCAGGAAGAAGUGCAGCGUCGUCAACCACCGCCUAUACUAA